AUGGAUUGCGUUUUGCGGUACUGUCGUCUUAGCUACUAUUUUCCAAUGAGGCCUGUGCGCAUUUUUGAGGAAUGGAUGUUUGGACACGUCAUGCUGACUGUUUAUUUCCUCCUAUUCUCAUCCUGGUUAAAUUUCACCAAUGAUCACGGCAAUGAGCUCGCAAAACUCCUGUAUGACAUCAAUAUCAACCCAAUUGAUAUCUUGCAGAAAUGUCCAACUGUACAGGACAUAGUGAACAAUCAGAAUUGUUUCAAUCCUUCUGUCACAUCAAAUCAAGAGAGAGACCGUACACGUAUCCUUGAUGCAGUGAACUUUAAAGGAAAACUCAUACACUGUGGAAUUACUGAAAGAGCCAUUCAACAGUGUCUUUUGACGAUUUGCAAGUCAAUCGAAUGCAUGGACAGAUUGACAAGAGACAACUUGAAUAUUGAAAGGCUAAAAAGAUGUGAUGUAACCAUGGAUAUGUUAACGGCAUUGACCACAAACCCAGAGACUGAUGCUUUCUACAAUAAGGCAUAUAUGGACAGUUUAAAUUGGACAUUUUGGAAAGCCAUGUCUGAGUACUCAUUUGGAAUAUUUGGAUUUUGUUCGUAUGUUUUAGGUUUUGUUAUGUGUCAGAUAAUUUGUCUACAUGGUUCAAUUGUAGGAAACAUCAGACUACUGGAAUGUAACAGUAGAACUGUAGAAGAUGAAAUAAUGACGCAGGGAAUGGUGAAACAGUCAAUUACGGUUCUUGGGAUGGGUAUGCAUAUGGCAUGGGCUGUUGUAUUGUUAAUGAUAUCACUGGCGUGUUAUGGUUGGAAUAACAUUGGCUUCCUUGUCAUUUUGAAUGUUUGUUUUAAAGCGGAAAUUCGUGCCAAAACAAUAUACAUUGAACAAUUUGUUCAUGUGCUAAUAUGUGCACUUUGGGUAUACAGUUUCCAAUGUGUGUAUGCUUGGUACAUGACUUGUUUGAUGGUCUUUGGAUUGACAGUAUUACAAUGUAUCUUGAUGUUGUCGGAAACAUCCAUUUCUUUCGAACCAUUCUGCUCAAUUGAUGCAAAAAGACUUUUACAGGUACCUAGUAAUAAUAAUGAUGAAAAAAUAUUCACAGUGAUAUCAGAUAUAUUGAUGUGUACAGAAAACAAUGGGUUGUUACUGGAUGACGCCAUGCGAAUGUUAUCUUUUGGUAUAAAGGCUGCAUUUGUUGGAACUUUGGGAAGAACAGAGGGUGAUCAAUUAGAGUUGAUCAGACGUGUGCAUCGGUUAGGCAACACAUUAAUAAAUAGCAGAUUGUGCAAGUCAAUGAGACAUGUGAGAUUUAAGAAUAUUAAUAGCUCUGAGUUAAUUAGUGGCAUUAUUGUCCCAUCCCUAAGACACAAUAAGAUACAGUCAGUUGAGAUCAUUAACAACUAUGCUCUAACGGAUAAUUGUGAUCUAAUAUCAGAUUCAUUGAUUGCAGAAAAUUACAGUUUGAAGGUCUUAGACAUACGAUUUGAACGUAAGUCAGGUUUUCAACAUAUGUUUUACUGGUUAUGCUAUGGGCCAAGGUCCAAUAUCAAAUUUACAUCAAAGGGUGUUAAGGAAUUAUUACAAGCAUGUGUUAAAAGAUUGGAAACUGCUCCGUUAGAAGCUGUUGUAAUCACCGGUUAUACACAAGCAUGUGUUAAAAGAUUGGAAACUGCUCCGUUAGAAGCUGUUGUAAUCACCGGUUAUACAACAGCGGACGAAAAUAUCGAAGAUCUCUGUGCACUACUUAGGUCAGAAGGUAUUUACGUAUUAGUAGAGCCAUAUAAUUAGCUUCUUAAUACAAAUGCUAACUUAAAGCCCCACUAUACUUAAUUUAGAAGAAAAAAGAAAAAAUGAUCAUUGAAUCAUAUUACUCACACACUCGCUCAAAUAUGACACAAAGUUUGAUUUGCUUUAAUACUAAACCAAAAAUAUAAUAACUCACAUAGAAAAAAACAUUUGAUGUUCAGAGAUAAUAAGACAUGCAUGUACAUGCUAAACAAAGUGCAUGUUUUCAAUUACUUUUGAUUUAAAAGAUGGUGGCACUUCUAUAAAAAUGAAUGUAUCAUGUAAUACAAACAACUUUGCCAUCUUUCAAUGACAUUGAUAAAAACUUGACAGAUAAAGCUUGACAGAUUGAAAAUAGUUUUUGAUCAAUUAUUGUAAGCUUUGAUGUGGUCUGUUUGAGCUGUUGUUGGUGUCAAAUGAAAGAUAUGGUUUUAUCAAUACAUUGGACAUUCUAUAGAUUUCAAAUAAAAGUCUUUAUUUUGCCGAAAAAAACAUUGAAAAUUUGCAAAGUGGGCCUUUAGAGAGAACCCUUCAAGUGAUUUGCACAAUAUAAAAUAUAGACACUACAGGAGUUACAUAUUGAGACUGGGAGACAUUGUAAACCUGUCCCUUAACCUCUGAAUGAGGGGGUUAUACUACUUGUAAUUGUUGAAAUCAUGAAGCACACUUCCUCAUAAGCUGUUAAAAAUUAUGGAAAUUAAGAGAGUUUAAAUGCAUGUAUAUUGAAAAUCAGAAUUGAUUAGAGAAUUUUAUUCUAUUGAUUGUGAUAUUUUCAAAACACUGAUGACAACUGAAAAUUAUUUUAGGGUGUAUCAGAUCGUAUGAUAUUCUGUAUUUUUGUAGAUGCAGCUUAUUUUUAGUGACUAAU